CACUUUUGGAAUAUGAACUUGGCUUUCGGUAAGGAAAUAAAUUGCUGUGACAAAUAAAAUCACAGCGAACCAGAUUUUUAAGUUCGUGGGUCUGGCUUAAAAAAUUUGCAAGCUGCUCAUCAUCGGGUUGGCCUUUAGUUCAACACUGGCUUCGUAUUCAUGUGUUUCACAUUCUUGUGAACACCCCAAUUACAAGAAUAUCAUGAUUUUUUUGAACAGGAAGAUAGGAAAUCAACGCAUUAUCACUGUUCGAAAAAGGCUACUGCAUACUAUUAGAUUAUACAAGAUCAUAGAAAAACAAAAUAAUUCCAUCAGACUUCUUGUUUCCAUCACAAUAGCUUGCCGUCGUUCAGUGUACGACCCUGAACAAUAAGCAAAACUAAGUUGAGGAAAGAAACAUACCUGUAAAAACAGUUCACCUGAGUUGGGCAAAUUAUAGUUGGAAGGGCUCUCAUCCCCAGGAUAUACGAACAACAACAAUCCGGCAAGACUACAGCAUGAUCUAGUGCAAAUACAGUCUCAGGCACAAAGAGCAGAUCAGCCAACCAUAUCAUCCUUUCAUCAGAACUCGCUACUAGUUGAGAAAGUGAUAACCAGUUGUGCAGAUAGGAACCAUUUCAACUCCGUGGGACAGUUCUAUCUAUACUUCCGUCCACUGUCUCAUUUCCUUCUUUCGUAUUGGUACUUUUGGAAUCUGUUUGACGUUGCUUGAUUGUUUUCAUAAAUAGCGUUCAUAAUACACUGCAGUCAAAAUAAUCAUGUGAAAAAAAUCACGAGUGGGACAAACAGUAGGCCUUUAGCCCUGGAUCGACGUCAAUGCUCGUAAUAGUAUUUUAACUUUACCUCGCAGGAACACCGUAAAGUAACAGAAAUGGGGAAGACUUCUGAUGCCAUUCACGCACUCAAGGAGUCAUUACGAAUUCUGACCGUGGAGCCUAUUGUCUUCGUUCUGUCGAUGACGAAUUUCAUGCGGACACCUUCCAGCCAACUUCUCGUCCUUCACAAGGUCUGCUUGCUCAGCUACAACGACACAAUUUGCAGCGAUGGCGGUGACACCGCCAUAGAGAACGAUGUCCAGGCCGAUGCGGCUUACUGGAAUUUCUACCUGAAGCUGGCCCUGUUCAUCCCUGGAGCAGUGGUGUCCUCCUUGUACGGCCCAUUGAGCGAUCGCUUAGGAAGGCGAAUGUUCCUGAUCAUGCCUUCCUUGGGAAACAUCUUAGGCGCAGCAAGCUUCCUCUUGCAGACCUACUUCCCCAAGAUGCCUCUGGAUUAUCUCAUCGCCAGCGAAGUUGCUGUGGGUCUCUCUGGGAACAUUGUAACGUCAUACAUCGUUGCUAAGAGUUACCUGUGUGACGUAACUGACAGCAGCAAUCGAACCAAACGGCUUGGUGUAAUGAAAGCCUUGUCACACGUAGGCGGACCGAUCGGAGCGUUCUUGUUCGGUGUGCUCGUUGAUCAGAGCGGCUUUGCUGCCAUCUACUUUAUCCUCGUCGUCAUUCACGGCUUCGUGAUUCUCUACGUCAUUUUCUGGCUGCAGGAGACCGUAUACUCCGAGUCCGACCAGGAGAUGAGUAGUGGAGACGAUGAAGAUGAGGUUGAUGAAACUGAUGCCGAGGAUGACAGUGUGCAGGAGGACAGAGAAACAGAGACGGAUGGGCACACGAAGCUAAAAAAUGGGGAGAACAUCAAGAACGCCAAGAACGAGCAGGUGGAAUCAGACGACUCUAAAGAAGACGAACAUGGAUGUAACGAAACCCGUCGCUCAAUCCGGCAAUCACUCACUGAAGUUUGGAAAGGUGUUCGGAGUAUGCUUUUGCUGUGUUUUCGAGAGAGGCAAGGUUCUUCACGCAAAUAUCUGCUGCUGGCUAUGCUCAUUGGUAUCAUUCAUAAUGUUUGCUCCUCAGCCGAAUCGGACUUAAUUGUCUUUUACACGAAGCAUUCCCCUUUAAACUGGACGGCCACAACAAUCGGCAUCUUCAUCGCCCUACGAACAGCUCUGAAGGCGGUCACGUUGGCACUGGGAGUACCUUUGAUCUUCAAGGUUGUGAAGAACCAUACCAUGCAGUUAGAUCUUGGCUUGGCCUGUGUUGGAAUACUAUCUAUCUCGGUAGCCUUGACUAUGACAGCGUUUGCUCAGUCCACUUCAGUCAUGAUGAUAGCUGCUGUUGUUGGCAUGCUAGUCAGUUUUCCCAGCGUUGCCAUAACCGCCUUCAAAUCCAAGCUGGUCGAUCCGCACGAGUACGGGUCGUUAUUUGCUGUUACGGCUUUGAUUCAAACGUUGAUGUCUGUGGCUAGUUCUGGCCUGUUCAACAACCUAUACACUGUCUUUCUACCAGUGUGGCCUGGUCUGUCGUUCAUUGUAAUUGUUGGUUUCUACGCACUGUCGCUACUCAUCAUACUGUACAUAUGGUGUGACAUAAAUUCGAAAUCCCAAGAAGAGGAUAUGAUGACCGAUUGUGGGCCCACAUACAAGGCACUGAAGAACAUUGAAGACGGCAAGACGGAAGAGUGAUCUAAUAAAAAGUUUUACGUGUGUAGACCUAGAGUGAGAAGAUGACAACAGCGUAUCUAUCGGAAAAUUUGAACAACUGUAAGAAUAGUCAGUGAUUGGGUGUGAUUAAUAGUUUGAGAAUUUUCGUGCGAGUAUGCUUCAAUUCAGCCUGAAGAGUGAUUAAUAAGCUAAAGAAACAACCACCAAACCCAUGUGUUUUCCCACCUAUUUAACUGUAAUUGCAUCAUACAUUUUACAUCAUGCAUAUUUAAUGGCAAGAUACUUUUGUAUGUCCCAAUUUCGUUGGUCUAAAGGUGAAUCUCAUUUCAAAUUUCCACCCCAAGAUGUCUUUUUCUAUUUCUGGUUUAGUUAGCGAUACAUGAUAAUUGGUUAUAAUUUACAGUGAUUUCUAGGGUAGCUGCUGGAUUUGAUAUUGAAAAAGUGAAAAGAAUAUUGUCAUACGUCGUUCAGUUUCAUUCAAAUUCAGCGACAUAGAAGAAAGUGCAUAUAUAGGUACCAUGUUCCAUGCUUAUACUAAAUUUCCGUUUAGACAAAAAACAUAACUCUUUUACAGGAAAAUUAAAUCAUUAUGAUUAUUUAAUGGUUCUGCAUACUUUUCACACUUUUGUCAUCGAACUAAAGCUCAACAAAAGAAUAUCGAUUUAGAUUACCCUUUAUUUUAUAGGAUAAGAGUGACACGUAAAUGUCUCAUAAAACAUUCAAAUACUUAAUACGAUGCUGAAAUUAGCAGGUCAACUUCCCACUGAAGAUUCUGGAUCACAAAAUCAGUACAUGCAAAAAAACCUGACGACGCUGUCUUUCCAAUGCUACCCUUGAAGGACAGAUGGGAGGAAAUUAUUAAAAGUCAACGAAUUCGAAUUUUGUACUCGUCAUUAAGACCGCAAACAAACAUCCAUUCACCCCAACCAACCAACAAACAACCCAACAAACGCCCCAACACCCCAACAAACAAACAAA